GGGGGCGUGGCCAUCGCGGCGGAGUCUCCAUAGCAACAAGCCGCCGACGCCUCAGUCCGACACGUUCUAAGCGGAACCUUAGAGAACGCGCGGCGUUUCCGGGGGGGAAGGUUUAUGAUAUGUCCUCAGCCCCGUUUCCGCCUUUUUCAACCUGGUUUCCGGUCGGAGGGGGUAGGGCGGCGCUACUGUGUUGCCAUGGUGGGCAAAGUGGUGAAGCGGUCUCGGUUGCACCUGGCGGCGCCGAAGCUGCCUCAGCCGGCCAGGGGCUUAGGGCAAGCAGCGGCGGAGGAAGGAGUCAGGACUUGGCCCGGGCCUCCCCAGAAGGUCCGGACAUUUUUGCCUUCCAACAUCUUUGCUGGGGUGAAGAUCGAUCCAAAAACACUGGUUAAAGAGUUAGAAGCAGAUUCACAAAGCAUUGUUUCAGUCAUAAAAGGUGAAGAAAAGAAGGUUCCUUUGUCUAAGAAAGAUAAAAUGAAGCUCCGGAAGGAGAGAUGGCUGCAGAAAAUAGAAGAUAUUAAGCUAGCAAAAAAACUACAAAAAGCCGAGGCAAAGAGAAAAGCUACUCCAGUCGUCGGAGAUAUGAAUCCAUUGAUGGAAGCUUUGCCUGAGCUCUCAGACCUGGUAACCAUCAGUAGGUUCUCCAAACAGCCUAAGAGCCAGGCAAAGAAGACGGCGGCAAACUUCACUCAGAUGAAAUCAGCCCAGAAGCGCAGAGUUCUAGAGGAGGAUAUCGCGCAGUUUCGCAAGACGCUGUCCGACCCCUCGUUCCAAGCUGACCCUCUGGCGCUGAUCGCUGAUCAUCUUUCCAAAAGACUGAAGCGGGAGAGGGAGGGCAACCCGCUCUAGCAUCAUCGCCGGGACAGUCGGAGAACGCAAGAGACUGGAUUCUGUUGACACACACAUGCCCCGGAGUUGAACCUCCCUUUCAAGUCCACGGGAUUACAAUGACCUUGAGCGACCUCAUUUUCUGUCAACAGCAAUAACGCCGCCAGCGCUGCCGAUUUAGACUGCGAGCUGUAGCUGCAGCCCGACUUAUUGUUUGAUGGAGAGCUCGGUGGUUCUGUGAUUAUCCUCCUCGCCCACCCUGUGUUAAUUCACAGACCAGCUGUUGUUUCUGGGAAGCAAAAGUUUAAAGUGCCAUCCCCUCUCCGCUGGUAGUAUUUGCGCCAAUCCCCUGAAAUACGUUGCUUAUUUAAUCAGGGUUAAUGGUUGCAGCUCCUUCCUGUUUGCACGUACAGUUUAGGUUUAAAAUAAAUCUCUUGGUUUCCUUAAA